AUGGCGGCCCAUUCUUCGCAUCCCGCGAGGCUGCCGCUGUUCCUCAUUGUGGCGUCGCUCGCAGCCGUUGUAGUCGCCGCGCAGAGCUCCUACAGCAUUGCCGACACGCCUCCUCGCCCUGCCUCCGCCUCUCCGCCGCCAUCCGCCAACCCCUCGCCCUCCGCCUCUCCUCCGACCUCUGCCUUUGCGCCUGCGAACACGUCUGCCUCGGCGCCGUGGCUUCUUCCGUCCGCCGCUGGCGGAGACAGGCUGGGCGGCACAGCCGGUGGGAAUGGAUCAGACAGUCGCAGUAACGCGUCGCUCAUUAGCGGAAUACUGGAUGGCGAAUACGGCAGGUACCUGCAGGGGGGACUGACGGCGCACGUGUGGGGGCAGCCACUGGUGACAUCGCAGCGCAACGCCGCCACCUACCCUGCCAUCAACGCGCUGCAGCAGCAGACCAACAUCACCACCGCGCAAGACCAGUCCACCAUCCCAGUGUCCAACACGGACACGCUCUACGCGUCAGCAUGGCUGGACCUCGCCGCGGGCCCUCUACUGCUCUCUCUGCCGCUGGUGCCCCAGCCGCGCUACUACAGCGCGCUGCUGCUCGACCCCUUCAGCGACGUGCUCGCCGUGUUCGGUGCGCGCACCCAUGGGGCCGGGCCGCUUGCUGUCAUGGUGCAGUGGCAGGGGCAGGGGCAGGGGGGAGUGGGGACCGACUUUAGUCAGGCAGGCGCAGCAGGGGGGGGAGGAGGGGGCGGGGGCGGGGGCGGGGGCGGGGGUGGGGGUGGGGGUGGGGGUGGGGGAGGGGGUGGGGGUGAGGGCGGGGGAGGGGGUGGGGGAGGGGGAGGGGGUGGGGGCGGGGGAGGGAGUGGGGGCGGGGGAGGGAGUGGGGGUGGGGGUGGGGGAGGGGUUGGGGGAGGGGGAGGGGGAGGGGGAGGGGGAGGGGGAGGGGGAGGGGGAGGGGGAGGGGGAGAGGAGAAGGCCUCGAGCAGCAGCGACACAGUGUUGAGUGUGAGGAGCAGGACUCGCAAUGUGUUCGUGAUCGUGCGCGUGCUGGUGGCGGGGCCUGAUGACGUGGCAGCUGCCAGCAGCCUGCUGAGCAACGUCACUCUCACGCGCCCAACCACCAACGCCCCCCCCACCCCCCUGCCGCCGCCCGACCUCUCUGAGCUGGCGGGGCUGCCAGAUGGCAUGCAGCGAUUGGUGCUCAUCGACCGCACACUACAGGACAACCCGCCCGCCCAGGACCAGGCUAACCUCGAGGCACUUAGCCAGCUGGCAGGCAUAGGCAUCUCCCCCUCCGCGCCGCCCUUCUCCCCCGCGGCCCUCUCACCGCUGCAGAGCACCGCGCUCGCGCAGGCGUACGCACUGGCGAACGUGACAAUAAGGGGCGCGUACGCGCUCAUGCUGCUGGGCGUGAACCGCUCCGUGGUCGUCAACCGCUGGCUCGCUGACACGUCGCUGGGAUACUACGGCGAUCGCUUUCUGUUCAGAGCGGCCUUCUCAUCCACAGGGGGUCUGGGAGCGCUGCCCGCAUCCGAAUCGCUCUACUUCUUCACCUGGCAGGGGCCCUUUGGCCUGCGCUACGACGGCUCCUCCGCCAACUACUCGCUGCACCUCUCUCCACCGCCCGUCACCGCUUGCGGCUUCUGGUCGCUCACAGUGUAUGGCGCGGAUGGGUUUCUUCCCGAGGGCAUGUGGCGGAACAGCAUCGGGGAUCGCACCAAGGGGUUGGUGUUCGAUCCGGACGGCACACUCACUGUUCCCAUCCAGCUGGCCGCGCCGGCCAAUGCGAGCCUGGGGGCCAACUGGCUGCCGACACCGAAUGCAAUGUUUUCGGUGGCGCUGCGGGUGUACUGUCCCUCAGAGAGUGUGCUGAAUGGGGAGUGGCGGCCUGAGGCCGUGCAGGUGGUGUGA